CUUCAACAUCACACCCUGAGGGUGAACGACCAAAACACUAAUUCAGAAGCUAUCGAGAACUUGUAAUCAUGCCGCAAGUUCCUGUGCAAACGAUCCAUAGGGAUCCCCAGUUAUUGCAAGUCUUCAAAUCAAUAGCCGGAAGAAAAUAAUUGCUAAUCAUCGUUACAGCUACUGGAUCCUAAUACCCAUCACAAUAGUCAUGGUACAUUAUCCUCUUUCCCAAUGUCUCCGGAAUCUUCAUUGACCUCCUCAGAUCUUAACCGGUAUCCUCCGCCACUACGCAACAGUCCUGAUGGCCGUAACGCCCAAAAAACAAGACCUGCCCACAAUCCGCGAACAACGAUCUCUCCUCCGCGCCAUCAACCUCCGCAUGAACGCUAACGCCAUCUCCACCCCCUCCUUCAACGCACGCAAAGACUACAUGGUCACGGCCCUCGAAAACGGCGCCUUUCUCAAGGAGCCAGAUAAGAAAGGUCAAGCGGCGCCAAAUCCCAUGACGGAUCCGGCGGCCAUGGAGGGAAUGAUGGGGAUGAUGAAGGGGAAUAUGGCGAUGAUUAUUCCGCAGACGUUGAUUAUGGGGUGGAUUAAUGCUUUUUUUAGUGGUUUUGUGAUUAGUGAGUUUGAAAUUGUUGGGUGGAUGUGGGAAUGAGUGCUCUUGCUAAUGGGUGGUAGUUCGUUUGCCGUUCCCUUUGACGAUUAAGUUUAAGAGCAUGUUGCAGGCGGGUGUGGCUACGAAGGAUAUGGACCCGCAAUGGAUGUCUUCCAUUUCGUGGUAUGUGCUCUGUAUCUUUGGUUUGCAAUCGGUUUUCAAUUACUUGCUUGGAAGCGAUAAUGGUAUGUUCGCCCGUCCCUUGUUUAAUGGAGUCUCUUCUCAUAAUUUGGGUAGCUGCAAGCCAAAUGGCGCAACAGAUGGGACAGAUGGGCCCAGGAGCUGCUCCACAGAUGUUUGGUCCUGGUGUGGAUGCUUACAAGCAAUACCAAGCUGAGGCUGAGAAUAUUGCUGUGUUGGAUCAUCAGUAUACCCUUGAGGGGGUCGAGAAUAGGUUGCUGCAGAGUGUGAAGGUGUAGAGGGU